AACUCUAGUCAGAAUACCACCGAAGAAGAAUAUCUAGACGACGACGAAGAAGAAAUGUUAAUACAUACAGUACAGUAAAGCUGUACUUUUAAAAACAGCUUUUGAUAAAGGAUUCAAGCUGAAAUGGAGGACGAGGAGAAAACACGAACAUGUCGCCUUUUGGAUUUACCCUGGGAGGAUGUCCUUGUCGUACAUAUUUUAUCCUGUUUACCCCUCAGACAGCUUAUCAGCUUGCAAAGAGUUAGCAAGCAUUUCCGCACGCUCAUCCAACUCUAUUUCGCCAAAUGCAGGAGUUUUGAUCCAGUUCAACUGUCCAUUCCCAAAGAGGCCUUUAGCGUCAUGUUGAAGGACAACAAAGUUCUACAGAAGCUGUCCCUUCAGAGUUGUUCCCACUGGCUGACAGACGACGAGCUGCUCCCGGUCCUCAGCCAGAACCAGCGUCUCGUCAGCGUGGACAUGACCGAGUGCGUCCGUCUGACCCGCCGCUCUCUGGUGGCUUUGUCUUUGACCCGCUGCCUACACCUGCAGCAUCUCACUCUGUCGCAGUGCAGCUUCGUGGACGGCCUGUCCCUGCGCAGCCUGGCCGACUACUGCGGGGCGCUGCGCUCCGUCGACCUCACCGGAUGCUGCCAGCUGAAGGACGACGCCAUCUGCUACCUGGCCAAGAAGUGUGCAAAGUUAACCUUUCUUUCUUUGGCUGUCAAUGAAAAUAUCACGGAUGAGUCUGUGGAAGAGGUGGCCAAGAACUGCAGGAGCCUCGAGCAUCUGGACUUGAAUUGUUGCCUGCGUGUCAGGAACCAGUCCAUCAGGACCCUCGGAGAGUAUUGCCCCAAGCUGCAGUCCUUGAAAGUGAAACAUUGUCACCAGGUGACGGAGUCCAGCCUGGAGCCUCUACGCAAGCGCAACGUGCGCAUCGAUGUUCAGCCGCCACCGGAGAGGGUGCUGCUUUCGCACAUUAUGAGAUACACUCCUUUUGUCAAUCUACAGCCUCUUGUGAUCCUCGCCGCUGGACGCUAGCUCUUCGCCAUUCAGUAGAGCACAAAUUUGAAGGUCUUGAUGUUCUCGCCGGCUUGUCGAUCGUGAAGAUAAAAGAAGGAGGCGCUGAAUUUCCCGGGCAAUCAGCACUAACGGUGGCGGACAGCGACGGGCGGCGACACUUUAACGAGUUGGAAUGCAAAGGUGGCGAUAAAACCCCCAAGAGGUGUCGACAUCGACUUGAGAAGGGAAGACGUCCGGGUAGGAGGGGCGUUCAAAGACCCGGUCCAGCGCUUCCAGCUGCUGCUGUGUGAAGGCGUCGGCCCUCAGGUGUUUGCGUAAACUCUCCACACUACCCUGAGAAUCACUGUUUGGGCCAGAACCAUCUGAACCAUCUACGAGAGGAAAGAGCGACCCCGAGAAAGUCAGCCUGCAGUGGUCACCCACGCACCCACCAGACCUCCACAACCCCCCCCCACUGCACGCAUUAGAUGUGCUCAGGAAAAUUGGCCUGCUUUAUGGCGCCACGGGAAGUGGUCACCUAUUAUUGAUCCAUCCUCAUCUGGACUCCACACGGACCCUGAUUGUUGACGGACACAUUGGACAACCUCCAAGGUGGGCGGAACCAGGCAAUGAAGAGACAAGGAAGAGUCACAAAGAAAGACACAGAGAGAGAGGCUGACAAGGUGUGUGAUGAAGGACUUCUGAAGCUGUUUAAUCGUGAUGCCUGUCAAGACGACUGAUUUUCGCUCCCAGGAGGAGGAGAAGAAAGACGAUGGCGAUUAAUGACAGGAUCUACUUCUUGUCCCAACGGGCCGGGCGCUGCUUCCUUGCAUGUCGGGCGAGUGGACGACGGCGGCGAUGUGCUUCCCCCCCCCCCACAGAAGGUAAUCUGCUUCUAUCUACUUCCUCUCCGAUUCCACCGUGGGCUUUAGAAGCAGAGGCAGGUCCACUACGUCUUUUUAGAAAGUGGAUUUACUAUCCAGCCAGGAAACGGAGGCCCGUGAUGAUGUGCAGUCAAUAUAUGGGUGGCGCUCCCUCCCAUAAAGGCCCCGGCCUUCUUUUUUGCCGUCUGAUUUAUGGAGGCGGCCUGGUGAAGACUCUGUCUG